UUCUGGAGAGCAGCUCCGUGUCGCUGUUCAUCCCGGGGAAGAGGUACGGAGAAGAUGCCGAUCAGCAGAUCUCCUUCCCGGUUCUCUGCAGCUUCUGGGCUCUCGCCGACCAAUCAGACGCCUCCAAACGGAGCCUGAGGGCCGACGCUGUGCUGGGAACUGUGGAUCUGGGUCCGGUGUCCUCUCAGCUGGCGGACGCUUUCGGUCUGAUUCUGCAGUGUCGAGAUGUCGGGGGGGAACAGCCUCUGCACACCCUGCAGCAAGCAGUGCAUUCUGGGAAACCCCUGUACCCCUCCUGCUGGGACUUCACUACUCAGGACUACCAGGAGCUGCUGAAUCACGCUCAGGGUCUGAGAGUGGAGAUGAGUCCUGGAGCAGAGAAGAUCCUCCAUGGAUACUACAUGGCCAGCAGGAGAGUCCGUACUCAGAGUCAGGGAGUCAAGAUCUCUGUGGCCUCCAUCAAGCUACUGAUCUCUCUGUCUGAAGCUCACUGUAAACUGAGUCUCAGACCUAGAGUUGAGGAAGAAGACGCUGUGAUCGCCGUGCUGCUCUGUGAGAACUCGGUCACUCUCAAACACGGAGCCUCAGCGCUCAUUAUUCCCCCAGAAUCUGUGUUUCCCUGCGACCUGAAACACGUGGACGGUUUGCAGCGGAGAGACGACAUCCUGGAGGAUCUGCAGCAGAACAUCCUGAGAUUUAUUUACACCUACGCACCUGGAGCUGGAUCCUACAUCACCGAGGAGUAAAACCUCCAAUCCAGAGGGUCAAAG